UUAGCAGGAUUGUGUUUGAUUUGUUCGAAAAGCAGUUCUAAUACUAUAACAAUUGGCGGAACCGAAUGUGAUACAAAUGCAACAGGAGUUUGUGUGUCCGACGAUUCUUUGAACUCUACUACACAUUUUAACGGCACAAUGAAUUCUUACUGGAGUAACUGCAAAACGAUGAGCAGAUACAUAACGGGAAACACGGACAUAGUAUGUCAGAAAACGGCCACGUGGACUGGGAUUAGAAAGUAUAAAAUUGAGACUGACAACUAUCAGAUAACCACUCCAUCAGUUACAGUUGGACCCAGCUAUACACCAAGCAACAAUAUUCUUGUGGCCACAGUUGGACUACUCUUUACUAUCAUCAUAGUGUUAUCUAUCGGUUGUUUGGUCUGGUAUUAUCGAAAAAGACGCGCUCAAAAGCCACAAAACUGCAUAACAACAGUUAAUAACAUUACCUAUGACGACGUAAUAACAAGGCCUGAAUCUGACCGGAAGCAGAAUAGCGCCACUUGCAGUAGCCAAACAAAAUUAUAUGAAGACCAAAAACGUUUAUCGUCGAAAACAGAAGAUAUAUAUGUACAGAAGGAUGAUGGGCAAUAUGAUUGUUUACGUUCAAGUCGGCAGAAACAAGUGUCGUUCAUAGAAGGAGAUAGAUAUGGAGAUACUUCCUGUUUGGAUGAUUCCUAUUCGACGUCGAGACAAACCAGGAAGUCUUCUCUAAUUCUUGAUGAUCCAUACAAUAGCAUUGUGUUACCGGGAUACAACGGGAAUAGUUGUUUAUUAACAGAAAAUCAUAACUACGAUCACAUUUACCAGCCAGAGCGAGAAACCGAUUGCUACAUCUAUAAAUGUACCAAUGUAAACAUUCCAUAAUUACAUGCGUCUAUGAUUACUUAUUAAGCAUAUAUCUAUUUAUCUGUUGUAAUUGUAAAAUAAUGAGUUAAAUACUUUUUUUCUAAUUUGCUAUUUUCUGACCCUCUUUCCUGAUUUAGUUUGCAAAAAUUGACAAUUUGAUUAUUGUUCAGUCCACUAGUAUAUGCUUUUAACCUUACCAAUUAUUGUUGAAUCUUGGUCACACUGUAACAUAUUUUAAACAAAAUUCAACCCCUUCAAAUGUUUUUUAAUUGAUAUUUUAUUUAUUUAUUUAUUUAUUUUGGCUUUUUAAAAAAUUACUGAUCCUUUAUAUUGUUGUGUUGUACUCAGGUGACAUAAAGAACUUUUGUAUUAUUUGCGAUUUGUGUUGAAUUCUAGUUCAUAUGUCAGGGGAAUUUUACUGUUACAGUAUUGAUAAUCAUUUUUAUACGAUAUUCAAUUUUUGAAUGGAAAUUGAGAUGCGUCUGUGAAAAUACUUUUAAAUAGAUUUCAAGUUGGUGUGAUUGUUUUUAUGUGGAGUCUCUUAUCUAGGAAUAUUUAAUUUUUAUCAGCAUGUUUUAUAAUUGUUUUUACCAUUAUGAUAGUAUUUUAAAGGCGUGCUUAUUUUUUUACCGUUCAUGUUUAUAACCAAAUGAAUAUUUUUAGGAGUAAUUACUAGGUAGAGUGAAAGACAAGUUUUAUGAUAAUUUGUCUUUUUAAGUUGUGUUAAGCUUAAAAAAAUGUAUAAAAAACUCUACUUAGUAAUUAUAAUAUAAUUUUGAAUAAGUCAGAAAAUUCCACAGUUUUCAAAUAAGUUCUCCGGAAAAUGUAUGUGUCUGAAUUCAUUGAAUUACCACUCUC